CUCUUCCUCUCUCUUCUUCUCGGUGCUUUGAGAUCUGAGAAAGCCACACAGAGGAGCAAGACUCACACCACACGCCCUCUCAGAUUUCUUCGUCGGACGGCCGUCUAUGGAUAUGUAUGUUUCGAACUCCCUUUCCAUCGACGACCUUCUCUACCUCUCCGACGUAGACCUCACGUCCUCCUCCUCCUUCUCCGCCGCCGCUAGUUUUCUCCGCCACCAGCCACUGCUCUCUUCACCACAAAACCCAUUUCACCACCACCACCACCACCAACCCUCGUCCUUCUCCCCCUCCUCCUCCACCUACUUCAACGAUUUCCCUCCCCUCCCUUCCGUCGACCCCGCCGUCGAUCUAUGUAUCCCCAACAAUGACGUAGCGGAGCUGGAAUGGCUCUCGCAAUUCUCGGACAAUUACUUUCAUGACUUACCGGUUACGACGGAUGAGACGGUGGUGGGUUCCUGUGUUCUGCAUUCCGACACGUCGUUUAGCGGAAAAGCUAAUCAAAGCAAGCGUUCGAGAGCAGCCCGUGGGAAAUCAAGACUCAAAGCAGCCGAGGCAAACGGCGGGUCGUCGUCGUCGGGAGAGGGAUCAGGUGUGCGCAGGUGCACCCACUGUGCAUCAGAGAAAACCCCGCAAUGGCGAAGCGGACCACUAGGACCCAAGACGCUGUGCAACGCGUGCGGAGUGAGGUAUAAGUCGGGUCGGUUGGUACCCGAAUACCGACCCGCAGCUAGCCCGACGUUCGUGCUGAGUCAGCACUCGAACUCUCACCGAAAGGUGCUGGAGCUCCGGAGGCAGAAGGAGAUGGUGAUGAUGAAACAGCAAGUCCAGCCAGAAUAAUGCACUCCCACGUGCACCGCACGUGAUAUGCGGGAGCGAGGAGGGGGGUGACGCUUUUUGGUCUUAAUAAAUAAAGCUAAUGUUAUUAUUAUUGUUAUUUAUGCGUUUUUCUUGGUACCCUAGUUCUUUUUUUAAUAUAAAAUGAUUUCUUUUCUUGAGAAUAA